AUGGUCGAGAUGGAAAAAGAAAAAAAUCUAACGGAGACGCUUCUCUCCACGGCGGGAAAACCCGACCCGACGACCCUUCUUCCGUUUUCAUCCGCCGGUGAUAUUCCUCCGAUCACGACCCUCAGUGGCUUCGUCAAAGAGUUUAACGUUGAGACCAAAAAGCUAUGGUACUUGGCCGGUCCUGCCAUUUUCACGUCGGUGACUCAAUAUUCUCUCGGCGCUGUUACUCAGGUCUUCGCCGGCCACGUCAGCACCAUCGCUCUCGCCGCCGUCUCCGUCGAAAACUCUGUCAUCGCCGGCUUCUCCUUCGGAAUCAUGCUUGGAAUGGGAAGUGCAUUAGAAACGCUAUGUGGACAAGCGUUUGGAGCAGGGAAAUUGUCUAUGCUUGGAGUUUACCUACAACGAUCAUGGGUGAUCCUUAACGUGACCGCUCUUCUCCUCUCUCUUCUCUACAUUUUUGCGGCUCCAAUCCUCGCUUCCAUUGGCCAAACCGCGGCGAUCUCUAGCGCCGCAGGAAUCUUUUCAAUUUACAUGAUCCCUCAGAUCUUUGCUUACGCCGUCAAUUUCCCAACCGCUAAAUUCCUCCAAUCGCAAAGCAAGAUAAUGGUCAUGGCCGCGAUUUCCGCGGUUGGGCUUGCUCUCCACGUGCCCCUCACGUGGUUUGUCAUGGAGAGGCUCAAAUGGGGCAUGGCGGGUCUAGCCGUCGUGCUUAACGCCUCGUGGUGGUUCAUUGUCGUGGCGCAGGUCAUGUACAUAUUUAGUGGCACGUGCGGUGAGGCUUGGUCAGGAUUCUCGUUUGACGCUUUUCAUAAUUUGUGGAGUUUCGUUAGAUUGUCUUUGGCUUCUGCUGUUAUGCUCUGUUUGGAGGUGUGGUAUUUCAUGGCAAUCAUAUUAUUUGCUGGAUAUUUGGAAAAUGCUGAAGUCUCCGUAGCCGCACUCUCCAUCUGCAUGAACAUUUUGGGAUGGACCGCGAUGAUUGCAAUUGGGAUGAACACAGCCGUAAGUGUGAGAGUGUCUAAUGAAUUAGGAGCAAUCCAUCCAAGAGCCGCGAAAUUCUCACUACUAGUGGCGGUGAUAACAUCGACGAUGAUCGGACUCGUUGUGUCAAUGGUUCUAGUCAUCUUUAGAGAUCAGUAUCCAUCAUUAUUUGUGGGUGAUGAAGAAGUCAUCAUUCUUGUUAAAGAACUCACACCAAUACUUGCACUCUCCAUUGUCAUCAAUAAUGUCCAACCUGUCUUAUCAGGGGUAGCUGUGGGAGCUGGAUGGCAAGCAGUGGUGGCUUAUGUUAACAUCGCAUGCUAUUACUUGUUUGGAAUACCAUUUGGUCUAUUGUUAGGAUACAAGCUUGACUUCGGUGUAAUGGGAAUUUGGUGUGGGAUGUUGACGGGAACCGUAGUUCAGACUAUAGUCUUGACCUGGAUGAUCUGCAAAACAAAUUGGGACAAAGAGGCUGCAAUGGCUGAGGAUCGGAUUAGAGAGUGGGGAGGAGAAGUAUCCGAAAUAGACCAACAAUUGAACUAA